GUUUCAGAUCAACUCCAAACUCUGACAAAAAUUGAACUUUGAAAACACGAUAUAUUCUGUCUAAGAACUGUUUAUCCCAGUGUUUAAAAGAAGAUGCUACUUGUGUGACCAUCUGUCCAAAUUGAUAAACUGUUUCCAUUAAAUGGUAGGCUACAGACCAAAAGAGUAAACUAUCUUCACAGGAGUAUAAGUUUCCAUUAAAUGGUAGGCUACAGACCAGAAGAGUAUAAACUAUCUUCACAAGGUAUAAGUUUCCAUUAAAUGGUAGGCUACAUACCAGAAGAGUAUAAACUAUCUUCACAGGAGUAUGCAGCUGUUGGAGCUUUCUCUGGAUUUGUAGCCAGGGUUGUCUGUCAACCAUUUGAUGUUCUCAAAAUAAGAUUCCAGCUUCAAGUUGAACCUGUACGUAAACCAACAAGUACAUCAUUUUCUAAGUAUUGGGGAAUCCGACAAGCGUUCCAGUCAAUCAUUAAAGAAGAAGGAGUUACUGCAUUGUGGAAGGGGCAUGUCCCAGCACAGAUAUUAUCUGUUGCAUAUGGAUUCGCUCAGUUUGCAUCAUUUGAGUUGCUGACCUCAGUAGCCUGGAAAUUUUGUCCACAUGAGUUUACUACAAAGCACCGUCCAAUAGUCCACACAGUUUGUGGAGGACUAGCAGGAUGCAUAGCAAUUACUGUGGCACAACCAAUGGAUGUAUUAAGGACUAGAUUUGUUGCUCAGGGGAAUGAUAAGAUAUAUUCCUCAUUGUAUUCAGGAAUUCAAACCAUGAUCAAAGAAGAGGGUUUCUUUGCAUUUUACAAAGGUCUUGGUGCUGCUGUUGCACAAAUUGGACCACAAAUGGGCCUCCAGUUUGGAUUCUUUGCUCUAUUUACAAGGAUGUGGCGAGGAUGGUUUGACAAUCCAGAUAACAAGAGGUCCCAUGCAGGUGUGACAGAAGUCCUAGUAUGUGGAUCCAGUGCAGGAGCUAUUGCAAAGACAAUAAUAUACCCUCUGGACGUCAUUAAAAAGAGACUAGAAAUACAGGGUUUUGAGAAAGCCCGGAAAGGUUUUGGUGCCGUAAGACAUUAUAAUGGACUGUGGGACUGCAUGAUCACAAUAAUGAAAGAAGAGGGCAAUGUCAGAGGUCUUUAUAAAGGACUUUCACCAGGGCUAAUCAAAGGGGGGUUAGCAGCCGGUGUGAACUUUUUAGUUUAUGACCAAGUUUGUUACUUGUUAAGAAAAUAUCAUUCUUCUUGACAAAUAGUAAAUUAAGAAUAAUUUUAUUUUAGAUGUGAAUUUUUUUCUGUAUUUUAGCAAUCUCAUUUUAUCGUAAAUUUCAUUUUCAUAGAAAAUAGAACAUAUUUUGUUUUAUAGUGCUGUGUGUUUGUUGUUGUUAUUAAACUUAAAUGAAAAAUAAAAUAGUUUUAUUGAAUGUA